ACUGACUGUGUUAGGUUCUAUGGAGGAAACCCCAUACAUACUGUGGGUUUUUUAUACCCAUUCACUACACACUCCAUGGUGGAGGUCAACACUGGAUGGAGCGGAGCAAAGGCCUUGAGUUGAUCUAUUAGUGGAGACCUGAGAGAUGGGAACCAGAACGAAGCAGUUGUUUGAAAGCCUGCAGUAUGAACGCUAUCACAUUAAGGCGGUGGCAAGAGUACAGGCCCUGAGGCAGAGGGAACUAUGUAGGGUGGAGACCCAGGGAGGGGCAGGGGAGACUACAGCUCAGUGAGGGGAUACUCAGUGGGGUGAGCUUGACAAAGUGGGCAGGAGCCAGGCUAUGGGAUAGCCAGUUGGCUUCCAUUUUAUUUCACACACAGUGACAUGUUUGCUUUAAAAGGAAUCUCCUGACUAUGUGUGGAGAAAGUACCAAAUCAAAUUGCAAGUCAGAGGGACACCAAUGUCCAGGAUUGGCCCCAGCAAUCCAGGGCAGGCUGUGGAGUCCCCUGGAGCCCUGUUAGUAACAAAGGAGCCUGUACCAACAAUGUCCAACAGCACAUUCAGCGAAGAGGGAAAUGUGCUGUAUGUACGUAGGAGUGGCUCUUGAACACUAGAGCUGUGGGUAGUUUAAUUAAAGAACUGGAUUUUAAUCUUAUUCUAUUUAAUUUAUUUAAAUUUAUGCAGAUACAUGCAACUAUUGGGCAUUAUACUGUACCGCACAAGGCAACACUGGGCACUGGAUGCUUGAGAAUUUUACUUGGAACCCUGCAGCCAGGAUCUACCCCAAAAGAUGGGCACAGGAGCGGGUGCCUGGACCCCUACCCCCUGACACCCCUCUGCUGUACUCGGUCAAGACGCAAUCUCUGGGGGCCCUGUGGCUUCAUCUUGUUAGUAGGGAGGCACACAGCUGUGAGGAGCAAGGAACUGCAAAGAACGCUUUGGGGAUCGCUCCUUCCAGCACGCACCAGCACCGCAAGCUUGCGGCCCAGCCAUUGGCGGGAGAGGAACCGGCACCGCUGCGCCUGGCCUCCCCAUUGCCCCGCAGCGGGACCGCGCAGACACCAGCUUCGCGAGCCGCACAGGUCUGGACAAGGACCAUGGGCGCCGUGCUGGGCACAGGCGCGCGGCUGGCUCCCCUGACCGGCAGGGCCCGCGGCGCCCUCCCGCGCUGGGCACCCUCCCCGCCCGCCCGGGGCUGCCACUCCAAGCCCGGCCAGGCGCGCUCUGUGCCCCUGAAGAAGCGCGGAUACGAUGUCACCAGGAACCCACAUCUCAACAAGGGGAUGGCAUUUACACUUGAAGAAAGGCUGCAGCUUGGAAUCCACGGCCUGAUCCCACCCUGCUUCCUGAGCCAGGAUGUCCAGCUCCUCAGAAUCAUGAGAUACUACGAGCGGCAGCAGAGUGACCUGGACAAGUACAUAAUUCUCAUGACACUUCAAGACCGGAACGAGAAGCUCUUCUACCGCGUGCUGACUUCAGAUGUGGAGAAGUUCAUGCCCAUUGUGUACACACCCACUGUGGGGCUGGCCUGCCAGCACUAUGGCCUGACCUUCCGAAGGCCACGUGGGCUGUUUAUCACCAUUCAUGACAAAGGCCAUAUUGCAACAAUGCUGAACUCUUGGCCAGAAGAAAAUAUUAAGGCCGUGGUGGUGACUGAUGGGGAACGCAUACUUGGCUUGGGAGACCUGGGCUGCUACGGCAUGGGCAUCCCGGUGGGCAAGCUGGCCUUGUACACAGCCUGUGGAGGGGUGAACCCGCAGCAGUGCCUCCCCGUCCUGCUGGACGUUGGCACCAACAAUGAGGAGCUGCUCAGAGACCCUCUGUACAUUGGUCUGAAACACCAGCGUGUGCGCGGGAAGGAGUAUGAUGACUUGCUGGACGAGUUCAUGCAGGCUGUGACAGAUAAGUUUGGAAUAAAUUGCCUCAUCCAGUUUGAAGACUUUGCCAAUGCCAAUGCCUUCCGACUGCUCAACAAAUACCGCAACAAGUACUGUAUGUUCAAUGAUGACAUUCAAGGCACAGCCUCUGUCGCUGUGGCAGGGAUCCUUGCUGCUCUGCGAAUCACCAAGAACAAGCUUUCCAACCAUGUGUUUGUUUUCCAAGGUGCAGGGGAGGCAGCCAUGGGCAUCGCCCAUCUCCUUGUCAUGGCCCUAGAGAAAGAAGGUGUAUCCAAGGCAGAGGCCACAAGGAAAAUCUGGAUGGUGGAUUCCAAAGGGCUAAUUGUCAAGGGAAGAAGCCACCUGAACCAAGAAAAGGAGAUGUUUGCCCAAGACCACCCUGAAGUGAACUCUCUGGAGGAGGUGGUGAGGCUAGUGAAGCCCACAGCCAUCAUAGGUGUUGCCGCCAUCGCAGGAGCCUUCACGGAGCAGAUUCUGAGGGACAUGGCCUCCUUCCACGAGCGCCCUAUCAUCUUUGCCCUGAGCAACCCCACCAGCAAGGCCGAGUGCACAGCUGAGAAGUGCUACCAGGUCACAGAGGGUCGAGGGAUCUUUGCCAGUGGAAGUCCUUUUAAGAGUGUGACUCUGGAAGAUGGAAAGACCUUUAUUCCUGGGCAGGGAAACAAUGCCUAUGUGUUCCCUGGGGUAGCACUGGGCGUCAUCGCCGGAGGAAUCCGGCAUAUCCCGGAUGAGAUCUUCCUCCUGACAGCAGAGCAAAUUGCCCAGGAGGUCUCUGAGCUGCAUCUGUCCCAGGGAAGACUGUACCCACCUCUCAGUACCAUCCAAGAUGUGUCUCUGAGGAUCGCCAUCAAAGUCCUCGACUAUGCGUACAAAAACAACCUGGCCUCCUACUACCCAGAGCCCAAGGACAAGGAGGCUUUUGUAAGAUCCUUGGUCUACACUCCAGACUAUGACUCCUUUACACUGGACAGCUACAGUUGGCCCAAGGAAGCCAUGAAUGUUCAGACAGUCUGAUGCAGUCUCAGGGGUUGGUGUGGGGCUGGAUGAAGCCCAGAGUAAUACCUACAAUAUAAAUGGAUUCCAAAAUGGC